CUCGAGUUCCGCCGCUCCAGCCGCGCCGCCGCCCAGGCGCCCGGUGCCGCCGCCGGCCUCUCGCCGCUCCCCACCCCCCCCCCCCCCCCCCCCCCCCCCUUCUCGCCGCCCUGACCUUUUUCCCCGCCGGGGCCCAUCUGCCCGGCCAUGGCCACCAAGAAGGCAGGCUCCCGGCUGGAGACGGAGAUCGAGCGGUGCCGCUCGGAGUGCCAGUGGGAGCGGAUCCCCGAGCUCGUCAAGCAGCUCUCGGCCAAGCUCAUCGCUAACGAUGACAUGGCAGAGCUUCUUCUUGGGGAGUCCAAACUAGAACUGUUUUUGAAGGAAAAUGCUCUUAAACAGAGUAGUAGUCCACGGGGGCCUGGGCCAAAGCUGACUGAGGUCAGGAAACAUCUCACGGCAGCGCUUGAUAGGGGAAACCUAAAGCCAGAAUUCCUACAAGAAGCUAACCUAAUUAUGGCCAAAUUAAACUAUGUGGAAGGUGAUUACAAAGAAGCUCUGAACACAUAUGCCAGAGUUGGAGUUGAUGACUUGCAGCUAACUGCAGUGCCACCAUAUAGGCUACGGAUGAUUGCUGAAGCAUAUUCUACUAAAGGUCUCUGUCUUGAGAAGCUGCCAAUUUCUUCUUCAGCCAGCAACCUCCAUGUGGACCGUGAACAGGAUAUUGUUACAUGCUACGAGAAGGCGGGGGAUAUUGCUCUUCUGUACCUUCAGGAGAUAGAAAGGGUAAUUAAUGCCAAUAUACAAAACAGAAGCCCUAAGCCAGGGCCCACUACACAUGAGCAAGAACUUGGUUUUUUCCUGGAAACAGGACUUCAAAGAGCACAUGUUUUAUAUUUCAAGAAUGGGAAUUUGACGAGAGGAGUUGGUAGAUUUAGAGAGUUACUAAGAGCUGUCGAAACAAGAACUACACAAAAUCUGCGAAUGACUAUAGCAAGACAACUGGCUGAAAUUUUGUUACGAGGCAUGUGUGAACAGAGUUACUGGAAUCCACUGGAAGAUCCUCCUCACCAGUCACCCCUAGAUGAUCCACUUCGAAAAGGUUCAAAUACUAAGAAUUAUGCACUCAGCAGAAGACCACGGGUAUACACUGGAGAAAACAUCUUUUGUCCUCAAGAAAAUACAGAAGAAGCCUUACUGUUGCUGCUUAUUAGUGAAUCUAUGGCCAAUCGUGAUGCUGUACUGAGCCGAAUACCAGAACACAAAAAUGAUCGUAUCAUCAGUUUGCAAAGUGCAUCUGUAGUCUACGAUUUACUUACUAUAGCCUUGGGAAGAAGAGGCCAGUAUGAAAUGCUGUCAGAGUGUUUAGAAAGAGCCAUGAAGUUUGCGUUUGAAGAGUUCCAUCUGUGGUAUCAAUUUGCAUUGUCCUUGAUGGCAGCAGGAAAAUCUGCUCGAGCUGUUAAAGUCUUGAAGGAAUGUAUUCGUUUGAAACCAGAUGAUGCAACUAUUCCACUCCUUGCUGCAAAGCUCUGUAUGGGAUCUCUGCACUGGUUGGAAGAAGCUGAAAGAUUUGCCAAAACAGUUGUUGAUCUUGGAGACAAAACAUCAGAGUUCAAAGCAAAAGGCUACUUGGCACUGGGAUUGACUUACAGUCUGCAGGCUACUGAUGCAUCUUUGCGAGGGAUGCAAGAGGUCUUGCAGAGAAAGGCUCUUCUUGCGUUUCAGAGGGCUCACAGUUUGUCCCCAACAGAUCAUCUGGCAGCAUUUUACUUGGCACUGCAGCUUGCCAUAUCCAGACAGAUACCAGAAGCUUUGGGUUAUGUUCGUCAGGCUCUGCAGCUACAAGGAGAUGAUGCCAAUUCUCUUCAUCUUCUUGCACUCCUGCUAUCAGCCCAGAAACACUAUCAUGAUGCUUUGAAUAUCAUUGAUAUGGCCUUGAGUGAAUAUCCUGAAAAUUUUAUAUUACUGUUUACAAAAGUCAAAUUGGAGUCUCUGUGCAGAGGCCCAGAUGAAGCACUCCUUACCUGCAAACACAUGCUCCAGAUUUGGAAAUCAUGCUAUAAUCUCACUAACCCAAGUGAUUCUGGACGUGGGAGCAGCCUGUUAGACAGAGCUAUUGCUGAUAGACGACAGCUUAAUACAAUUACAUUACCAGAUUUCAGUGAUCCUGAAACAGGUUCAGUCCAUGCCACAUCAAUAGCAGCUUCCAGAGUGGAGCAAGCAUUGUCUGAGGUUGCAUCAUCUCUACAAAGCAGUGCCCCUAAACAAGGACCUCUACAUCCUUGGAUGACUCUGGCUCAAAUAUGGCUUCAUGCAGCUGAAGUCUACAUAGGAAUUGGGAAGCCUGCUGAGGCUACAGCGUGUACCCAGGAAGCAGCUAAUCUUUUUCCAAUGUCACACUAUGUUCUCUACAUGAGAGGUCAGGUGGCUGAGCUUCGUGGAAAUAUUGAUGAAGCCAAACGCUGGUAUGAAGAGGCCUUAUCUAUUAGUCCUACCCAUGUGAAAAGCAUGCAGAGGCUGGCUCUGAUACUUCACCAGUUGGGGCGCUAUAGCUUGGCAGAGAAGAUUCUCAGAGAUGCUGUCCAGGUGAACUCCACAGCCCAUGAGGUCUGGAAUGGCCUGGGGGAGGUGCUGCAGGCUCAAGGCAAUGAUGAUGCUGCAACCGAAUGCUUCCUGACAGCACUAGAGCUUGAAGCUAGCAGUCCUGUGGUCCCUUUUACGAUUAUUCCGAGAGUCCUUUGAGAGGGCACCUUGAUCAACCAAUUUUGGUCUGACUUCUGGGUGAGGAAACUCAGUGUAUCAAGCUGCCUGGUAACUGGUUAGUUUGAAAAACUUUAGAGCUACAGGUAACAAACUCCAGUCUUUUGCGGGAAAGUGGCCAAAACAGUGAUGUGAUGCAAUAUAUAAACGUUAGGCUGAGGGGACAAAAUGACUAGCCAGAACCAAAUCACACAUAUUGCUUGUUUUUGCCCUGGUAGUUUUAAAACAUUGUUAUAUUGUUCAUGGAUGAUGUGCCAUAUUUUGUUAGUGAUACUUGAGUGUUACAUAAAGUUAUAAUGGAAUCGACUACCAAAUGUAGAAUACGUUAAAAUUCAGUGGCAGAGCAGACUAUUUUUAACAAGGCUGUUAAUAAAGCUGUUCUCUUCCUGCCUCUCAAUCUCUUUUGGCCCAAAGUCAAAAUAUGAAAUUUCUGUUUCCAUCUCUAUUUUAGUCCAGGCCAGCAAAUCAGUUGAGUUCUCAUUUUCAGUUGUUAAUAACUGUGAUGUGUGGCUAAUUGUUAUUACUAUUUAGAGCAAAAGCUGAGUACAAGAAUAUUUAUAUUUUACCAAUGUAUGCCUGUUACAAAAAAUAUAUUAGUUAUUUAAGUUUAACUUUUUUAUGUGAAUUCAGAGUUUAUUUAUCAAUGGAAAUAUGUAAAAAGAAGCCUCAAAUGGAAUAUUUACCGACAUUCCUUAUACGUGACCCACACUUGGCUAAAUGGGAAGACUAUGUUAAUAAUAAAAUGAUUUUUAAAUGGAA